AGGAUACUGCAGGAAGAUCCUAAGCAUCUACAAUAAUAACGUGUACAACUUUAAUAAGACUAGGUUCUAGAUAGGCGUGAUAGGGUUAAUGAAGGUUGUCACAGGCGCUGAGAGACGCGCUCGACCUGAGCUUGUUCAGCCAGGCAAUCAGGAGUGGGUUACAGUUAUACAGAGCAUCUGCGCUGCUGGAUAUGCGACCCUACCUUUCAUCAUCUACAAAGGACGCAUCCACAUCUCUGCCUAGUACAAGGAGACAGAUAUACCACACAAUUAGAAGCUCUCUGUCUCUAAGAACGGCUGGACAAACAACGCGCUUGGCCUUAAGUGGUUAAAGCAUUUUGACGCGCAUACAAGAGCGCGAUUUUAAGGACUAUUGCCUAGAUAACAAGAUCCUUACUCUCUGUAUGCCAGCUCACUUGUCACACAUCCUCUAGCCGCUUGACGUGGUCUGUUUCUUGCUGUUAAAGCGCAAGUACUCCCAACGCGUCCAGGACUUGGCACGCCAACGCGUCUUCCACAUUAACAAGGAAGGCUUCCUUCUAGCCUUUAGAGACGCGUUUCUUAACGUGUUUACAAAGGCUAACUGUUAGAAGGCCUUUAAGGCAUUAGGGCUAGUCCCUACUAACGCGCAGGUAGUGUUAGAUCGCCUUAAGGUGCGA